AUGUUUCAAUUUGACCCAAGUCUCAUUCCUUCCCUGCGGACACGCAAAGCCCUCUUGAUCAUCGACCUCCAGAAUGACUUUGCCUCCCCUACCGGUGCACUUCCCGUGACAGAGCCCGAGGGUUACAUCGGCCGCAUCCUCGAAGUUGCUGCCGCCUUCCGCGCCUCUGGUGACGGCGAUGUGAUCUGGGUUCGCUCCGAGUAUGACGCACCUCGGCCUAUUGAAAACGACAACAUCCUGACGAGCGACGCGCUGCUCGUGUCGUCGAUGCGAAGCAGCACCAGCCGCCUGCGCAGGUUGAGCGUCGACAAGAGCGACCAGGAUGAUGAGGCCUUUCUGAGCGGUGGUGCCGGUAGCAGCAAGCCCGAGUGCGUCCGGCCUGGCACGUCGGGAGCUGAGCUUGUUGCCGAGGCGGCCAUCGACUCGAAGCGGGACUCGAACCUCGUCAAGACGGAGUACUCGGCCUUUGCGUCUGGCCAGUUGUUGCCGCUGCUGCGAACCCGUCUGGCAACGGAGCUUUACGUCUGUGGGGCGCUGACCAACGUCAGCAUACAUGCUACGGCGCUGGACGCGGCCUCGCACGGGUUCGCCAUGACGCUGGUGGACGACUGUUGCGGAUACCGGAGCGCGGUGCGGCACGCCAAUGCGGUUCGGAACCUGAUGCAGCUGACGGGCUGCGAGACCACGACGGCGCACGACAUGCUGGUCCGAUUAGGGUCGUCCGGAGCCGAGCAGCAGCAGCAGCAGCAGCAGCAGCAGCGGCCACGUCAGCCACCGGGACCCGUCCGGACGGGCACAAGAGCGACGGGGGAUGCGGGGCGCCCCGGUUAUCCUGGGAGCAAGCUCGUAGGUAGCAGCAGCGGCGCGCAAGGAGAGAUGAGUGACGGAUCAUCACCACAGCCGUCCUUGUCGCAGACCGACCCCAGCAUCAUCAUCACCAGCACAAACACCCUCCCACAAGCCAUGUCCAAGCUGAAGCUAAGUAAUGACCCGUCUUCACGGCCAGCAGUUGCCGAGCCCGACGCUCCUCGGCCCGAAACGACUCAGCCUGCGCUUCAGGCCUUGGUGAGUGGCGAAGUCGGAGCGGGCCUGGGCAAACAAAUUGCAACUGCCACAGCCGAGCCGAUAACGGACGCACAUGCGUCGAGCGAGUCGUCGGGAACUGGCCACGAGCGGGACUCUGGCAUGCCUGCCGAGGCGGGAUUCAAGAAGUCGGGAUCUCCGCCACAAAAAACAGACGAGUCAACAAAACCACCAGAGGCCCCAAGCACCUUAGGGGCGGUAUCGGACGACAACCCCCUGGAACCCCUCUGCGAGGGCGACACUACCAUAAUCCCAGACCUCCUCCCCGGCGCCCUUGAGCAGGGCAUAUUUGACAAACUCCGGGCCGAGGUCAGCUGGCUUCGCAUGUCGCACCAGGGCGGCGAGGUCCCGCGGCUCGUGUGCGUGCAGGGAGCCGUAUCAACAUCGGAUGCCAGCGUGCCUCUGUACCGGCAUCCGGCAGACGAGGCACCGCCGUUGGUCCCUUUCUCGCCGACGGUGCUGAAGAUCAAAGAACACGUAGAGCGUCACAUCGGGCACGAGCUCAACCACGUCCUCGUCCAGUUGUAUCGCAGCGGGCAGGACUACAUUUCGGAGCAUAGCGAUAAAACUCUUGAUGUGGUGAGGGGCAGUUACAUUGCCAACGUCAGUCUGGGCGCCGAGCGGAAAAUGGUGUUUCGGACCAAGCGCGGCGACAAAAGCAAGACGGACGAGGAAGACAAGGAAGGGGAGGGUAGCGGCAAGAAACGAGAAAUUGUCAAGGCCAACCUACCGCACAACUCACUCGUCAAGAUGGGGUUGCGCACCAACGCACGCUGGACCCACGCCAUCAAGCAGGACAGGCGCGCAGAUCGGGACAGGUUGGCUCCCGAGCUGGCGUUUGGUGGUGCCAGGAUCAGCCUUACCUUUAGACAAAUCGGGACGUUUCUGGACAAGGAUGGGUUGUUGAUCUGGGGUCAGGGUGCGACUGGCAAGACCCGGGCCGAUGCGAAGCCCGUCAAGAAUGGGGCUUCGGAGGAGGCCGAACGCAUGAUCCGCGCCUUUGGGGUCGAAAACAACACGCCUGACUUUGACUGGGAUGCAGUCUACGGCGAAGGUUUCGACGUGCUGCACUUCAAGACCGUGCCGAGGCUGUGGGUUUCUGGAGAUGAAACUCGGGAUCUGAGGAUCAAGUUGAUGCUGGGCUCGUACGGUGUUGGGUUUGCCAUUGGUGGUGACGAUGACCCCAAGAAAACUGUUGAUGGUGAAACCACCUCAGCCAAAGAGCUGAGGUUUGUAGACAAUGACGUCGACAAGUCAGACGUCAGGGGCGACUUUGCAGUCAUGCUAUACCUAGAAAGCACAUAUGGCAAGCUCUCAGCCGGCAAGACGGGCUCGCUAGCAAAGAGGCUAACGCGCUUCGAACAGGCAAUGAGCUUGUUGGACAAGUGGCGCGCCACUGCUGGUGAAGACAUAGGGUUGAACCCGCUCAAGGGCGAGCUGACCGUGUUUGAAGAUUACAUGUCUUCUGGCGGCGAGUAUGUGGCUGGCGGUGAGGCGCCGUCCCUUGCAGACUUUGCGCUGUGGCCUGUACUGCGGGACAUGGCUGGGUUUGUGGGCGCGUCUGGGCAAGGGGGCAAAGAGAAGGAGAAGGGGAAGGGAGACGAGACCUUUAGCGGCCUACUAGAGGAAAUGGGGCUGAGUCGGUUGGGGAAAUACUAUGAGAGUUUCGGCCUGGAGAAGUUUGUGGGGCGGGUUGUGGAGGAAUAGGAACCGUUGGUGAUGGGAUAGCGACUUUCUGCUGGCUUUUUGUUCCUUCUUUCUUUCCUCUUCAAGAGUGGCGUUCUUUGUAUUCAUAAAAAGGUACGGUACAGUGGGAAGCUCAAGUAUGAUACCCAGGUUUGGAGGUAAAUAAAGAUGUUUCUGGUAUUUGCGUCUGCCCCAUAUCAAAUAAAGUAUACCAAGGCUUCUAGAAACGAGAGAGAGCUUCGACCAUAAAGUGUAUUGAUUGGGUUCGAUUCAGAGUGCGAUAUUUUGCCUCACUCUAUCUGAUAACAUUCAGGGGCUAUUAUGCCUUGG